CGAGUUCCUUGCUGAGCACUCUCUUGAUCCAAAAUGCGUUUCGUGACCCUGCUUCCCCUGGCCGUCGUGGUGCUCCUGCCCCUCGCGGAGGCCAUCAUCCUGCUAGAAACCACCGCCGCCACCGCCGCCACCACCUACGGCAUCACGAUCGGAAGCGGCGGCGCCGCUGCCGCUGCCGUCGCCGUGGCCGGUGCCCUGGUCCUGGGAGGCCUCGCCCUCGUCGCCGCCUCCAACCGCGGCAAGCGCGACGUGGGCGCCCAGUGCCUGCCGGCCAACAACCCCGACCUGUUCAUCACUCUCGCCGCCAACUCCGACCGCUUCGGCUGCGGCCUCCGCCUCGUGUGCGAGCUCGAGGCCACGCCCGACGAGCAGCUCAGCCAGGACGAGAAGCUCAUCCUCAGCCUCUUCGGCCGCCACGUGAAGCCCGCCACCUUCUCCCAGCUCAACACCCCCAAGUCCGGCUUCCUGUACGCUGCCUUCGUCGGGAGCAACGCCAAGAACGUGAGCGAGUGCGCCGAGGUGUUCGACCAGUGCGUGUUCGACCGCGAGACCAUCAUGAAGGCUUUCAACUCCCAGAAAUAAGGUCGGAGUGCCAGACGGAGCGAGUGCCAGGCGGGGCGAGUGCCAAGUCCCGGCGGCUCUUUGGCUUUUGGCUGGCGAGAACCUGAAGGAGGAGACUGAGAUCGAAAUAGGAGGAUUAUCAACAGCUCUUCUAAUGGAGGUUCUCGGGUCUGAUUCGCCGGUUCUCAGCGCUGUGUUGGGAAACCGGUCGUGUUCUUCCCCUUUGCUCAGGAUCCAUGAUGUUUACUAGUCGUGCAGAUUUGUUCAUGAGAUGUUUUUUUAUAUAUAUUUUACAGAAAAUAAUAAAAUGAUGAAAAAAA